AGAUCCAAAAAAUCUAGCAUACAUCCGGAUUCGGAUCCGGAGUUUGGGUCGACCCGGAUACGUUCACUCUCACUCAGCUCCGUUUAGGGCGAUGCGACUGUGCACACCUGACUGCUACGAUUGACGACCCCACUGACUGAAUCCGCAGCCAUGGCCAACACCGUCAGAAUCGCCGCCGCUCAGAUGACCUCCGUCAACGACCUUUCCGCCAACUUUGCUACCUGCUCUCGUCUCGUCAAGGAAGCGGCUGCCGCCGGCGCCAAAUUGCUCUGUUUUCCCGAGAAUUUCUCAUACUUUGGCGCUAAAACCGGCGACAGUUUGUCCAUCGCCGAGCCGUUGAACGGACCGACUAUGCAGAGAUACUGCGCAAUCGCGAGGGAAUCGAGCAUGUGGCUGUCGCUGGGGGGGUUUCAGGAGAGAGGAUCUGAUGAUUCGCACCUGCGCAACACGCACGUGUUGGUCGACGAUGCGGGGAAUAUCGUAACGACUUACCGGAAGAUGCACUUGUUCGAUGUCGACGUCCCCGGCGGAGCGGUGUACAAGGAGAGCAGCUUUACCGAAGGCGGAAACGAGAUCGUCGCGGUGGAUACCCCGUUCGGACGCCUCGGCCUCACCGUGUGCUACGAUUUGAGGUUUCCGGAGCUUUAUCAGCAGCUGCGUUUCCACCGCGGCGCGCAGGUGCUUCUGGUGCCGUCGGCGUUCACAAAAGUCACCGGGGAGGCGCACUGGGAAAUCCUCCUCCGCGCACGGGCGAUCGAGACGCAGUGCUACGUGAUUGCGGCGUCGCAGGCUGGGAAGCACUCCGAGAACAGAGAAAGCUACGGCGAAACCCUAAUUAUCGAUCCUUGGGGGAAAGUAAUCGGAAGAUUACCUGAUCGAUUAUCCACCGGUAUUGCUGUUGCAGACAUUGAUUUCGCUCUGAUUGAUUCGGUUAGAUCGAAGAUGCCGAUCGAUCAGCAUCGGAAGCCGGUUGAGUUUUGGAGAUCGGCGUCAGCUUCUCUGUAAGAUUUCAGACAUUUAUAAUCCAGACCAGACUUGCUUUGCCUCAAUCCGGCGUUAUAUAUUGCAAAUGAGGUGAGUCUUGAGUCAAAAAUUACAUCCGGGGUGGAUUAUAGGUUUUAAGUAUUUAAAUCCGGCUAGGUAAGGGCGGGUUAUUGAUUUGUUAAAAAAAAUCCUCUCCAAAUUCGCCCUAUUCCGAACCACUUAAAUUAAUAUAUUUUAAAAUUCUAUAUUAUAUAUUUAUGUAAUUAUACAGUUUGCCCAAAUCUUUUUAGUUCUACAUCUUAUAAUCUUGGUUGAUUUUCAUUUAUAAAUUUUCCACAAUUUCAUCUAACUCAUCCUUAGUCCCUUCCAUUAAAUGAUUUUGUCAUUCAAUGACUUUAAUUUAAAUAAAUGGCCAAAAAAGUAAAAUAAUAAUUCAAUAACAACCUCAAAGUAUAACAUAUCUUAACUAUUAGAAAACAAACUUCAAGUUCCCAAUAACAAAUCUCAAACUCUAAUAAAAGAUUAUAUGUCAGAGUUAUCAUAAUAGAAUAGUGAACUUAAAUCCUAGAUAACAAAUCUAAAAUUCAAAAAUUAUAUCUCAAACCUCGUACAAGUUUAAACCUUUGAACAUAAACCAUUAAAUAAAUUUCAAGCGUUAGAAUUGGAUUUGGCCUGAAAAUAAGUAAAGGAAUGUAGCCAAAUGUUGCUUAAUGUAUCUUUGAGGGAUAUGAAUGGCCAAGGAAUUUUAUUCGGAAAGAUAGCCCAUGACCCAAAGAACUUUUUGAGAAUACUAGUAAUCGAUAAAGGGAUAAUGAGAGGACAUAAUGCGAGAAAUGAUGCGUGAAAAUUGAAAGUUAGAAACAGGGGCAACGAAUGAGAGGAUUUACGAGACGUGUUAAUUUUUUAUUUUAAGGAAGAUUAAUGCGAAGAAGUUACAAAAACAAAUAAAUGAAUUCUUGUUUUUGGUGCAAUACGAGGACUUUUUUGUCCAAACACGCUUAAUUUUGGAAUUCUGAUGAGAUUCGGCAUGCUAUACUGCUAUGUGUUGUCCUAAAUGAAGUAAUGAAUUGAAGUGAACGAAGCCUUUUGGCAAGAAACAAAAGAGGCGGACGGAGAAGCACACAUCCAACCAACACAACAAAUCUAAUUUAUUUAUUUUCCUUAUUCUUGCUCAUUUAUUUAGCCAACACAAAUCAAAUACUCCUUCCGUCUCAAAACAAUAGGGACAUUUGAGAUUGACACGAUAAUUAAGGAAUAAUAGUAUUAUAUUGAUAGCGGGUGUAAAAAUAUUUUUAAAAGACCAAAAUGCCCAUAGUUUAUGUAAUUUUGUGAAAAAAGUGGAGAUAGUUUUGUAAAAAAAUGGAGAGCUUAUUAGCAAAAAUGAAAAUGAGGCUAUUGUUUUGGACAUAGUUGUCAAUCAUGGAUAGCGGUGCGUAGCGGUUAAUAUCUAAAAUGCUAUAGCGGGAUAGCAGAUAGCGGUAUGACUGCUAUUUAAAUAUUUAAGAAUAUAUAUAUAUAAAAUUAUUAUAUAUACAAAAUUAUAACAAAAAUACAUAAAAAAAAAAUCUAUAAAUAAAUUUAAUAAAUAUCACCCAAGCCAAUAAAAUGUCAAAAAAUAUAUAUAUGAUCAUAACUAUUAGAUGGUUAUGUAAGCAAAAAAAAAUUAGAUCACUAUUGUGUAAUAGAGAUAUAUCUGUUGGGGUGAGAAUAAGUGUUGCACCAAUAAAUUCUCGUACACUUAUUAAAAUGGGCCAACUCCCGAAUCGUAGUUAUAUUACAGUUAACGGCGACUUGUCAAUGAAAUAAAUGCAGAGUUCAAAGCAAUAAAUGACAAGUUAUUUGUUUACCCGGUUGGGAUAUAAACCAUCCUACAUCCGGGGGAUACCAAUCCAGGAGAUGUUCAUUAAUCAGUGCUGAUUAAGAACAAAACACCCAAACAUCCUUCAACCCAAACUACAAGUUGAUUACCUAGGAAAUUCCCUCAACAGGCAUAUGUUGUCACAAACGCGUACUGACAACUAACAACAAGCUGGGCUGCUCAGAUUCUGAAUGUUCCCCUAAUCGGAACUCCGAUCUCUCUUCGACCAAUGAACUUCUCCGGCAAGAUAAUAGUGUAUAUCACUCACUCAAAGCAUGGAGAUGGGAAGGGAAGAGGUUAAGAGGAUUGAUACAAUAUUUCUCUCACUACACACUCUCUCAAAACCACUCUCUUACUUCCCACUAAACUCGAGCUGAGUUAAGCAACCACAACGGCCAUUGAUUUGACAUGCAAUUAAUUCCCUUGAUACAAACAAGGUAUGGUGUGUAUCUAAUCACUUCUGACCACAAGAGGACAAACUCAAAGUGUCCAGUUUGUCUUGAGCAACCACCAUUCCUAGGAAAGACAAAAAGACAACUUGAUGGACUCCACAGGCUGAGUCAAAUGUUGUUGUUUUUGGUAACUAACGACCACAACAACAGAAAAAAGUAUUGUCAAUAUGCCAAAAAUAAGUGAAGGAGUUUUUGAUCAACUUAACAAUCUCCCCCUUUUUGACAUAUGUGACCACGCACAUUGUGCAUGAGAUAAUUUCUCACACUCAGCAAAGCAAUCCAAUAAUUCAAAAAUCAAGUUAAAAGUUAGAUUACAGGCCAACAAGUAAAAUAAGGCUACAGACAGCCUAUUCAAAUUAGAAAUUUGAGAUAACAACAGUUCCAACAACCACAAAACCAAAAACAACAACAAACAUUUCCAACAGCAGAAGCAGACAACCAAAACAUUACAGCAGUAGUAACGACUCCUCCUUUUUGCUGCACCUUAUAUUCAGCAACCCCCAUUUCAUCUCCUGGAUUGUAUCCUCCAUAUGUAGGAUGGUUUAUAUCCGAAUCGGGUAAACAAAUAACUUGUUAUUUAUUGCUUUGGACUCUGCAUUUAUUUCAUUGACAAGUCGCCAUUAACUGUGAUAUAACUACGCUUCGGGAGUUGGCCCAUUUGAAUAAGUGUACGAGAAUUUAUUGGUGCAACACUUAUUCUCACCCCAACAUUCUUCAACCCAAACUACAAGCUGAUUACCUAGAAAAUUCCCUCAACAGACAUAUGUUGUCACAAACGCGUACUGACAACUAACAACAAACUGGGCUGCUCAGAUUAUGAAUGUUCCCCUGAUCGAAACUCCGAUCUCCCUUCGACCGACGAACUUCUCCGGCAAGAUAAUAGUAUAUGUCACUCACUCAAAGCAUGGAGAUAGGAAGGGAAGAGUUUGAGAGGAUUGAUACAAUAUUUCUCUCACUACUCUCUCUCAAAACCACUCUCUUACUUCCCACUAAACUCGAGCUGAGUUAAGCAACCAUAACAACCAUUGAUUUAACAUGCAAUUAAUUCCCUUGAUAAAAAUAAGGUAUGGUGUGUAUCUAAUCACUUCUGACCACAAGAGAACAAACUUAAAGUGUAUUUUGUCUUGAGCAACCACCAUUCCUAGGAAAGACAAAAAAACAACAUGAUGGGACUCCACAAGCUGAGUCAAAUGUUGCUGUUUUUGGUAACUAACGACCACAACAGCAGAAAGAAGUAUUGUCAAUAUGCCAAAAAUAGGUGAAGGGGUUUUUGAUUAACUUAACAAUCUCCCAACCUUUUUUGGCAUCUGCUCCGCGCAAGGGGAAGAGGUGCAGGAGAAAGAGGGGUUGCUGAAUAGAAGGUGCAGCAAAAAGUGGGAGUCGUGCUACUGUUGUCAUGUUUUGGUUGUCUGCUUCUGCUGUUGGAAAUGUUUGUUGUUGUUUUUGAAUUUGUGGUUGCUGGAACUGUUGUUAUCUCAACUUUCUAAUUUAAAUAGGUUGCGUGUAGCCUUAUUUUGCUUGUUGGCCUGUAAUCUAAGUUUUAACUUGAUUUUUGAAUUAUUGGAUUGCUUUGCUGAGUGUGGGAGAUAAUCUCCUGCACAGUGUGCGUGGUCACAUAUGCCAAAAUGGAGGAGAUUGUUAAGUUGAUCAAAAUCCCUUCACCUAUUUUUGGCAUAUUGACAAUACUUCUUUCUGCUGUUGUGGUCGUUAGUUACCAAAAACAGCAACAUUUGACUCAACUUGUGGAGUCCCAUCAAGUUGUCUUUUUGUCUUUCCUAGGAAUGGUGGUUGCUCAAGACAAAAUGGACACUUUGAGUUUGUUCUCUUGUAGUCAGAAGUUAUUAGAUACAGACCGUACCUUGUUUAUAUCAAGGGAAUUAAUUGCAUGUCAAAUCAAUGGCUGCUGUGGUUGCUUAACUCAGCUCGAGUUUAGUGGGAAGUAAGAGAGUGAUUUUGAGAGAGUGUGUAGUGAGAGAAAUAUUGUAUCAAUCAUCUCAACCUCUUCCUUUCCAUCUCCAUGCUUUGAGUGAGUGAUAUAACUAUUAUCUUGCCGAAGAAGUUCGUUGGUUGAAGGGAGAUCGAAGUUCCGAUCAGGGGAACAUUCAGAAUCUGAGCAACCCAGCUUGUUGUUAGUUGUCGGUACGCGUUUGUGACAACAUAUGCCUGUGGAGGGAAUUUCCUAGGUAAUCAGCUUGUAGUUUGGGUUGAAGGAUGUUUGGUUGUUUUGUUCUUAAUCAGCACUGAUUAAUGAACAUCUCCUGGAUUGGUAUCCCCCAGAUGUAGGAUGAUUUAUAUCCGAAACGGGUAAACAAAUAACUUGUCAUUUAUUGCUUUGGACUAUGCAUUUAUUUCAUUGAAAAGUCGCCGUUAACUGUGAUAUAACUACGCUUCGGGAGUUGGCCCAUUUGAAUAAGUGUAUGAGAAUUUAUUGGUGCAACACUUAUUCUCACCCCAACAAUAUCAAAGCUAAUCAGAUUCAAAAUCUGAUAAAAAAUUUUAUUCUUCAUUUUCAUCAUCUUCACUGUUUAAUUACUUUUGUCUAUAUAUUUUUUUUUCUCUUCUUAAUUCUCAUCAAUUUAUUCAAUUGCAUGUUCGUCACCUUGUAUAAUAUCAUUUCCCUUUUUAGAGCUCGAAGUAUCUAUAACUUUCUUUCUCAUUGAUGUAUUGAUGUUUGUAUGUUAGUGUAGAUUGCAGACCUAUUAGCAUUAACAACAACUCAUCUAGUCAAAUUAUCAUUGUCAAAGACUAACUUAUCUUCCGAAAUUAUCAACUUAUUUAAUUAACCACUCAUUGGAAUCAUUCAAAACAAUAGGACCAAUCACAUCAUUGCUACCAUUAUGAGCUAACAAAUUUUGGUUAUACUUGAUAGAAAUCAAAUUUUGCAAACUUUUGGCUUUUUAAUUUGUUUCUUUUCUAAAAAUGAAUUUAAAAAUUUAAUUAAGAUUUAAGAUAAAUAUUUUUUUUUUGUCUAUAUUAUAAUAAAAAAGUACAUUUUAUAGUUAAAGUUAUAUUCCUUUUGCGUAAACGCGGAAUUGCGGAGUGGCAGUAGCAGCAAAGUGCUUUUCCGCUAUGCUACGCCACUAUAGCGCGUUAUUGACAACUAUGGUUUUGGAACGGACGAAAAUGACAAAAUGAGACUAUUGUUUUGAGACGGAGCGAGUAUAAUUUUAUGUUGAUCUAUACAAUUCCUUUCAAAUUCCAUGCUUUAAUUUUUUCUUUGUUCUUCAUUUUUCAUUUUUUUUUUUUUUGUUUUUUUUUUUUCAAUUCCUAUUUAUCCUAACUUCCACUCGCUAGAUAUGACCCGGAAGCUUGCUUAAGUUAGCCGUUUAGUCCUUUAUUUGUCUGAAAUUUUACAGUAUCCUGAUGUUGAUUGAAGUCCAUUCCAAUGUUUGUUUUGUCGUAGUUAGGAAGACUAUUACAUGCUAUGAUCUUUUUGGAUUUGAUUUACAAUUUAAUUUAUGUUUGGUUUGAUCUUAAUCACCUUUUUAUUCAUUUAUUGUUGUUUUUGUUUACUUUCAUUUUUGUUUUGUAUGCAUAAUCGUAGUCCCGAGGGAGGUUUAUUUGUAUGGAAACUUAGAGAUUACUCUCUCUGUCUCAGAUACCGUGUCUGCUGCACUGUAGACAGGGGUGUAAUUAGUAGAUAAUUAAGAAUGUAUUAGUGAAAAUAAUUAUUCUAUAAUAUAAAUAAUUAUAAAUUAAGACUAAGAUAACUAAUUAGUUUAAUUAAAAUUAAAAAAAAUAAAAUUUAAAAAUUUAAAAUGAGAUUAAAGUGUGUAAUCAUUUUUUAAAAAAGAAAAAUGACAUGGUAUAUGAAACGGAUAGAAACGGCAACGUGGACAUGGUAUCUGAGACGGAGGGACUAUUAUACCCAUUUCAUAUUCAAUAGAGUACAAUGAAUAGAUUUUAGCAUAGUGCUUAUAUCAUCUUUAAUAUAGACAUGUUCAUAAAAUUUAAAUCAAUAGAAUGAGUUGUACUAUCAAAUGAAAAUAUAUCAUGUCAGAUUUUAUUUUGUUAUGGCGUCAGAAAUUUAUAAUAUCUCUACUAAUUAUCUGGAGGGAAAUCCCUUUUUCUGCAAAAAGAGACAUUUUGCAGAAAUAAUAAUAAUGAUAAUAUAUUUAACGGAUAGAUAAAAAAUAAUUAUGAUAAUAAUAAUACUCCCUCCGAUCAUUUUUCUAAUGUCUUAAAGUGAUAUUUACACGAUUUUUUUAGGUAAUUAAUUUUUUGGUUGUAAAUUGACAAAAUAAUCAUUUAUUUUGUAUAUAGAUAUAAAAAAAAUAAAUAAAGUAAGGGUAAAAAGAUAAAAUUCUAUGUAUAAAAAUAGAAAGAGGACAAUUAUUUUUAGACGUUUCAAAUAGAAAAGUAUAGAAAAAUAGAACAUUAGUGUGUGGACGGAGUAAUAAUAAUAUAUAAUUUUAUCGGACAAAUAUAUAUAUAUAUAUAAACAUAUAAUUUCAUUUGUAUUACUGGGAUACAUUCAACUUUAACACAUAAAGUCAAGCCUAAACUCUGCAAGUCCAUUAUCUUAAAGCCCAAAAUUUUGGUUCAAUAAUUCAUAUAAUUAGUCAAUUACUUUUUUUAAUUCAUUUCACUCACAUUUGUCCGGAAAAAUUAUAAACUUUAGAUGGAUACACAAAUUAAGAUAUAAUGAUAUUAUAAUAUUAAAAUGAGAUAAAUAAAAAAAAAAGGUAUUAUAAAGAAUUUAUUAAUGUAAUAAUGACAAAUUUGUUAUUUUUUAUUAAAGUAGAAAUAAUAAAAUUAUAAACAAAUAAAGCUUUUUUAUUAUAAAUAGAAUGUGUAUUAAAAAAUAAUAAAAAAUUACUGAGAUACUUUUAGCUGGAACAAAGAGUAUUAGUUAAAUUCCAACCUUCAAUUAAAUUAUCUAUAGAUUAACCAACAUCAUUUAUAACACUCACUGUCAACCUUUUGAAGUAUUUUGCUUCAAUAUUGUUUUCUAAAUUUCUUAACCUUAAUUCAAUUGUUACACCAAUUUUAUACAUUACAACAAUGUUCACUUCUAACCCGAAUUGGUAUAGUGUCUUGAUCGGUGACUGACCUGUAAGUGUUGGUAUGAAAUUUUGUUUAAUGUAUCGGGGAUUCGCAAAAUGUUCAGACCACCAACUGGUGCAUGUGUGUCCAUGCUGACUGUUGAUGUAGAAUGUUUUACCACAUUGUUUUUUUAGCUGGAGAAAGUCUCGUUGGAGAUAAAAAAAAAAAAAAAAAAAAAAGACAA